AUGCCGAUUUGCGUUCAUAAAGGUUGUGAAAAAACUUAUGAUGAAAAGGAUAAUCAUGAAUCAGCCUGUCUUUAUCAUCCAUCCGCACCAAUUUUUCAUGAAGGAUUAAAAGGGUGGCAAUGUUGUAGUCGAAGAGUUACGUCUUUUGAUGAAUUUCUUGCAAUUCCUGGCUGUACUAAAGGUUGGCACAGCAAUGAGGUUCCUCCUCCACCCGAAUCAAAUGAAACUUCAAAGGAAUCGGAAACAGUUUCUUCUAAACCUUCGACUGAACCUAUAAUUGAUCAAAAUGGAGUUGAAACAUAUAAUAGCGGUCCAACUUAUACGCCAAUACAACCAAAACCAACAGAUCCUCCUCAGAAGACUAAACCUAUUCCGAAAGAAGAGAAGCCGGAAGAGGAUGACCUUAGUAUUCCAGUUAAUCCUGGAGCAGUUUGUAAAAGGUCCGGUUGCAAUACUCCUUAUGUAGAUGAUGCGACUAGUCGUAAUGAAGGACCUCAAGCAGAAUGCGUUUAUCAUCCUGGUACACCGAUCUUUCAUGAAGGUAGCAAAGGUUGGAGUUGUUGCUCGCGCAAGGUAUUGGAAUUUGAGGAGUUCUUAAAGAUUAAAGGCUGUAAAAAGGGUAAACAUUUAUUUGUUGGAUCUAGUAAAAAGGAGGCAUGUAAUUUUCUAGAAACGGAGGAACUUAUACAAUGCAGACAUGACUGGUAUCAAACCCCAUCAAAUGUCAUUAUGUCUGUAUUUUGUAAGAAAAUCGACAAAGAACAUUCUACUAUCAGUUUUAAAGAAAAAGAGAUGAGUAUCGACUUAAGGACAGCCGAUAAUAAAAGAUUUAAAGAAGUUUUUCCGCUUUAUCAAUACAUUGAACCUGAAAAUUCUACGUAUGAGUUCCUUUCAACUAAAGUUGAAAUCAAAUUGAAAAAAACAAAUGGAAUUUCCUGGCCAUCUUUAAGAGUAGAUGAAGAUUUUGGCAGCUCCACGACGUUUGGUAUUCAAGGAGGGAAUGCCACAAUCGGUGGAAAAGAAUACAUUCUUGCAAAAGACUCCCCAUUAUACGCAAACCAAUAA